GCCGUAGCGCGCCCCGACGUUGCGCUCUGGACCGGGAGCUGGUCGCGCUACACCCUCUGGGACCGCGCACCAUGGUCGCUGCUCGCACCGCGCGCCGGCGCCGUGUUCCUUCCAUCCGCAUCGGACGCGGAACCGCACACGGUCGCAAUGAUGCACCAGUUGUGGUGCGUCGACGAGCUUCGCGCGCAACUCGCCGUCCCUCGCGCGGAACGCACGGCGCAGCCUACGGACCACUGCCUCAACUACCUCCGCCAAAGCAUUCUCUGCCGCGGGGACAUGCAUCUCGAGGGGUGGCAAUACCCAGACAUCUUCACGAACUUCCAGCGGGAUUCGGUGAGGAGGUGUCGGGAUUGGCGCGGGGUGUACGAGUGGGUGGAGGCGAAUCAGCUAGAGUAUGCCGGGUGGCUA